AUGGUGCCUCUUUCUGAUCUUUUCCCAUCCUUUGAUCACUGUGCUCGUUUCUUUUCAAAAUGCAUUCAACACAAACACUUAAGGGUUGGCAUGUCCUUGCAUUCCCACCUUAUCAAAACUGCACUUUCGUUUGACCUCUUCCUUGCAAACCGUCUUAUUGACAUGUAUUCCAAAUGUAAUUCUAUGGAAAAUGCACAGAAGGCAUUUGAUGAUUCACCCAUUAGAAAUAUUCAUUCGUGGAAUACCAUUCUUGCAUCUUACUCACGUGCUGGAUCUUUUAGUCAAGCUCGUAAAGUCUUUGAUGAAAUGCCUCAUCCAAAUAUUGUUAGCUACAAUACCUUGAUUUCUAGCUUUACUCACCAUGGGCUGUAUGGAGAAUCAAUGAAUAUCUUUCGACAAAUGCAACGAGAUUUCGAUCUUUUAGCCUUGGACGAGAUUACUCUUGUGAGUAUAGUAGGUGCUUGUGCCUGUUUGGGUGCUUUGGAGUUGUUGCGUCAGGUUCAUGGAGCAGCUAUUGUCAUUGGAUUAGAGUUUAAUUUGAUUGUUUGCAAUGCUAUAGUUGAUGCUUAUGGUAAAUGUGGCGAUCCAGAUGCGUCAUAUUCUAUUUUCAGUAGAAUGAAGGAGAGAGAUGUUGUUACCUGGACCUCCAUGGUUGUAGCUUAUAAUCAGACAUCCAGGUUAGAUGAUGCUUUUCGAGUUUUCAGUUGUAUGCCAGUAAAAAAUGUUCAUACUUGGACUGCAUUGAUUAAUGCUUUAGUGAAAAACAAGUAUAGCAAUGAGGCCCUGGAUUUGUUUCAACAAAUGCUGGAGGAAAAAAAUUCUCCAAAUGCUUUCACUUUUGUAGGCGUUUUAAGUGCUUGUGCCGAUCUUGCUUUGAUAGCAAAAGGCAAAGAGAUUCAUGGACUCAUAAUCAGAAGGAGCAGUGACCUUAAUUUUCCAAACGUAUAUGUAUGUAAUGCUUUAAUUGAUCUGUACAGUAAGAGUGGUGACAUGAAAUCUGCUAGGAUGUUGUUUAACUUGAUUCUUGAAAAGGAUGUAGUGUCGUGGAAUUCAUUAAUUACUGGGUUUGCACAAAACGGGCUUGGAAGGGAAGCACUUCUUGCCUUUCAAAAGAUGACAGAAGUAGGCAUAAGGCCUAAUAAAGUGACGUUUCUUGGUGUGCUCUCUGCCUGUUCCCAUACUGGUUUGUCAUCUGAAGGAUUAUAUAUUCUAGAGUUAAUGGAGAAGUCUUAUGAUAUGAAGCCUAGUUUAGAACACUAUGCAGUCAUGAUCGAUAUGUUUGGAAGAGAAAACAAACUUUCUGAAGCAUUGGAUUUAAUAUCCAGAGCACCCAAUGGAUCAAAACACGUUGGAAUAUGGGGUGCAGUUCUGGGGGCUUGUCGUAUACAUGAAAAUUUAGACCUGGCUAUAAGAGCUGCAGAAACUUUGUUUGAGAUGGAGCCAGAUAAUGCUGGAAGAUAUGUAAUGUUAUCUAAUGUAUUUGCUGCAGCAAGUAGAUGGAUGGAUGCCCAUAAUGUGAGAAAACUUAUGGAGGAAAGAGGUUUCAAGAAGGAAGUAGCAUAUAGCUGCAUAGAAAUAAGAAAUAUAAGACACAAGUUUGUGGCAAGAGAUAAUUCCCAUAGUCAGAUGGGUGAGAUAUAUGAGUUAAUGUUUAUAUUACUAGAGCAUAUGAACAUUUUUGGUUACAUGGCUCUUGACGAUGGUAUUUACUUUUAUGAUGGAUACAGUACUUGA